CACAGCUAGCUUUAUUUGCUGAGAAAACGAUGUUUUUAAAGGGAAACGAAGGUUGAUGAGGUCUGUUGUGGGCACAGCAGGUGGAAGGUUGUCGCUGGUCGCUGGGUGCCGUGGAGCAGAGGAGCUGUGCCAGUCCCCCGUUCGUCCUCUCAUGCUCCCCUGUGUGUUUCCCAGUGCACCGGUGACCCCCACGCCCCCGCCCGACCCCCACCCGACCCACCCUGUCGCCUCGCCACCCCGGCCCUAAGCCCCCGUCUCACCCCAUGCUUGGGACAAAGCCAGCUCACUGCCAGCCCAAUGACUGCCUGGAUCGUCCUGCCUGUCAGCCUGGCUGCCUUCUCCAUCACAGGGAUAUGGAUAGUGUACGCUAUGGCUGUGAUGAAUCACCACGUCUGUCCUGUUGAGAACUGGUCCUACAACGUAACAUGCACAGAGGAGCUGCCCCGACCAGGCUUCCCCAAGACCUGCUGCACCAUCCAGGACAUCCCCCUCAUCAGUAAAUGUGGUUCCUUCCCUCCUGAAAGCUGCCUCUUCAGCCUGAUUGGCAACGUCGGAGCCUUUAUGGUGGUGAUGGUGUGCUUUCUACGCUACGCCCAGGUGAUCGAACACAGCCACCACUGCUGGCUCAACACCAGCGCCCUGGUGUCCGGCUGCACCAACGCCGUGGGUCUGGUCAUGGUUGGCAACUUCCAGGUGGAUCACUCCAAAUCUCUCCAUUACGUGGGGGCCGGUGUUGCCUUUCCUGCAGGGCUAUUGUUUGUGUGCUUGCAGUGUGUGCUGACCUACCGAGUGGCUGUGACCGCCCUGGACUACUGGAUGGCUCAUUUCAGGGUGGCUCUGGUGCUGGGAGCCUUGGUCUCCCUCGUCCUCAGCGGCAUCUUCUUCAUCCACGAGAGCUUCAUCCUCCAGCACGCUGCCGCCAUCUGCGAGUGGGUCUUCACCGUGGACAUCCUGGUCUUCUACGGCACCUUCACCUACGAGUUCGGCACCGUCACCACGGAGACCAUGAUGGCAGCCCUGCAGCAGAGCCAGCACGGCUCGGGGGUCAUCAUGGACCCCAUGUCCAGGGCGUCGACGCUGGGGGGAGCGACCAAGGGCCUGAAGUCCCCCGGAGGCAGCAGCACGUCCACGCACCUCAACUGCACCCCAGAGAGCAUAGCUAUGUUGUAGCUCCGUCCAAAAAAGCCGUAGGGAGAGGUGCUCCGUGGGCAGCAUGUGAAGCAGGAGAGCAAAUUGUUAACUUUAACCUCAGCGACACCAGGUAUUCUCACUGAUAAGCCCCCCCCCUCCCCACGGUUCUCACUGCAGAUUAGGCUGAAUGUUUGGAGCCGUCUGGAAAACUGGAACCACGAGUGUUUUCCAUGGCAGCGCCUGAUGUUGGCGACUCUGCAUGGUGUUUGUCUCUAGAGAUCAGACCCACCGGCUUGUUGAUUAAAAAUACAAACGUUCCCUCCAAGUUUGCCCCCCCCCCCCCCUCCUCCUUAUCUGACAUUGUUGUCCAAUGCUUUGCGCGGCCCACCUCUUUUGGCCUUUUCGCUUAUCUCUGCACGGCACUGCUCCUGAGUGGAACAACACAAGUUUCUGUUGGAUUUUUGCAUUGUAAAAAAAUAGAAAAUAAUGAAUGUUGAGAAGUGACUAGCUAUAGUAUAUUUUACAGACCGUAAGCUUACGGUCUAAUUUAAUCAAUCAUGCAUUAAUAACUUGAAAGGUAUAUAACCGUUUAAAUUCAUCUGCUUUUUAUUUGAUUGCACUUCUAAUUUAAAUGCAGAUAGUCUAUUUGAAAUGUUUUUUUUUUGUUUGUUUUGUUUUUUUUAAGUGUUUACGUCGGUUUCAAUCAUUAUUCAUGUCGGUGCAAAACACUGGGUGGUCUUUUCUGUUGUAACGACUCGCUCUGAGCUGAGAAGUGAGUACUGCACGCUCUAAUAGGUAUUUCUUUCAAUCCAAAGUUACAUGAAGUAACAAUCAUCCACUAAUUUACUCUCCUCUGGCGCGAGUAAUGCCUUCCUCGGUGUUGGAGCUCAGCACAGGGCUCAGGAGUUUAUAAAGUGGCCUGUAUGUGAUGAUCUAAGCGAGUGAAGGUGAAGCUAUAAUCUUUCGUAUUUAGUGAAUAACAGAGUUGUUGUCCUAAACACUGAUCGCGUUCCAGGCUGGAUCCCUGGAAGCCUUUGUUACAGUUCAAGAAAUGUCGUUUUUUUUUUUUUUUUUUUGAUGAAGUAUGAAGUCAUGUGAAGCCUUCUUAGAAGUUUUCCUUUACAGCAGAAGCAUGCACAGGAAUUUACAGAAGUAGUCAAACCCCCCGCCAACAACAUUUGCUCAUUUAGUGACGUUACAACCACCAACUUUAACGUAGCCGAUUGAGAUUUAUGGGCGAGACCAACACAAAGUAGCACAAAACUUGUGACAGCCAAAGAAGGUUCGCGCAUUGGUUUUGUAGAAAAGAAGCUGCUGGGAGAAACGGAAGGAUGGCGUCUGGAAAAGUUACCUUUCAAGUCUGGGCUUUGACUAGGCCGUUCCGUGUCCUGCAGGAAGGUGAACCUUCACCAUAAUAGUUCAGUUUUUUUCUUCCAGGAUUUCCCUGGAUUCUUAGCUGUGCUGAAGAAAACCAUUCCCACAGCAUGAUGCUGCCAACACCAUGUUUCACCAUCAGGAUGGUGUUUUCAUGGUCAUGAGCGGUGUUGGUUUCUUCCACCUCCACAUGGCUUUCUUCUUCUUUAACAAUGAUUUUUCCUUCAGCCAUUCUUACACGAUCUUAACCCUGAGCUGGGGAUGCUGCUGCUGCUCCUCCAAAGUUACCAGGGGCCCCUUGGGAAAGUCCCUUGAUCUUCAUGAUGUUUGAUCACCAACGUUCUCUAACAAACCUGCAAGGCAGAGUGUCAGACCAGCGGCCCAGGGGCCAUUUCUGGCCCUCAGAAGGAUUUUUGACUGCAAUCAAGAACGGUGCAACUCCGACCGGCCAGCGCAGGCCGCUGAUACGUUGCAGCCAGCAUCGUAGAAGAAAGAGUGACCCAAAUGCUGUGUUUGCUGCUGACAACAGCCUAAACACAAUUGACUGAACCGUGAUGUAAAAAAUGGUUUCCCACUGUUGCCUUAUUACAAGGCAAAUCAUUUCAGAACCGUUCAAAUGGGAUUUCCAGAUCCAUUUUCUUCAAAGAAAAAAAAAAAA